AUGCUUCAUGAGGAAGAAUAUUCUUGUACAUCAAUGCGAAGGCGUGGCCAACCAGAGAACAUCACAGGCUUCCGAGAUUACCAGAACGUCUUAGAAGAAUCUCGACGAAGUAUUGCAUCAUAUUUCGCUGCAUUUUCUGCCGACGUGACUGCUCCUUUCGCGUUCCACAACACUCCUGCCGAUUCUAGAACCAUCAUGAGAACAGGCUCCUCCAACACAUGUGCGAAAGCCUCUUUGCUGGUUGGUUUCAGCCCACAGUCACAAAACGGCUCGGAUUAUAUGCAAGAUGUCUUAUCAGACCUGGAGAUCCCUGCAGCGAAAAUAGCCAACAUGACUGAUUGCCUCAUUCUAAACUGGCACAGUACGGAAGCUGCCAAAACCCAGAUGGCUACACAAUAUCUGACCCUCAGCAGCCUCCGAGUCGAUCCAACCUUCGGUCGUGCGACGGCGCAGGCGCAUUUGGUGUUAUCUCAGGCCCCUGGACCAACUCUGGACUCCCCGAUCUCCUCCUGCAGUCACCGACGAAGGGCUCAGCAGCAGCAGCAGCAGCAUCUCUUACUACGUACCAGAAUGAGAGCCAAACCGUUCCCCACUUGGCUUAUAGUAGCCACGACGGUCGCGUGCAUAGCGUCGGCGGCCCCUUCGGAAAACGGCCACGAGCACAGUCAGGAAUCCAGUGAAGAAGGAAACAUUCACCUGGAGAAAUUCUGCCCUGGAGAGACCGAGGACUGCCUCGAGAAGGCCAAGAGUUUGCGAGAGGUACCUCCAACCAAAUUCAGAGGGGCCAGGAGGGCGGGAAUGGAGAAGUGGAAGAGAAGUCACGAUGCUUGCAGGAAGAAGUACGAACGGGACUCCAACAUUGUGCCAGGCGAAGCUGACCCCAUGAUUGGUUCAGAGAUCAGAAGGUGUGCCCUCGAGAUGAUGGAAUACAUCGUCGAUGGCGAGAUCAACCGGGCGAUUAUCAGGAGUGAGGUGGAGGACAGUCUCUCAGACGCACCGAACGCAGUUCGAAAGGCAGUCCUCUCCGCUGUUGACACCUGCCCGUCAACCAUCAACGAGGACAAUGGUUAUGGUUACACCGUAUGCCUCAUGAAGGCCUGUUUAUCAGCUGUUUAAAGAACCAGCCAGAUUUGGACUGAGCCUGACUUCGAGGAGCACGGACACCAAUAAGCAAAUCAUCAUAAUGCCUACACUGAAUACAGUCAGACUUAAACAUAAGGAUUCCCGAAACAUAUUAUAAGGCAAAGUACAUACAACACCCUGUGAUAUGGAUAAGGUCAACGGAGGUGAGGAAGUUGUCAACACACUAGGUUUUCAAUCUUACGCUCAUCACAAUGCUCGGGAAAAGUUUGAGGAGAAGUUUUCUGUACUUCAUGCAAACACAAAGGAUUACAGAAACUAUUACAUAGUGCUUCAUGAGGAAGAAUAUUCUUGAACAUCAAUACGAAGAUAAGGAACUCGGUAGUGACAUUAAAUAAAAAAAAUUAAUUAAUCAAUCAAAUUUCCAUGGAAUUUCAUAUCUCAUCUAAAUACGCACAGGAUUUCUAUUGAUAUUUCAUUAUUAAAUCUUGCACAUCUC